AUGGCCACUUCAACUAAAAUUGUCUUGACACCCUCCCAUGGCGGUGUUUUCAGUCAACCCGGGCUUAGCUGGGCAUCGGCUCGCAAAGUGAGCGAGGUGCUCCAGCAUGAUAUGGAGAAUCACCAUAUAUACCUCAACGACAUUGAGUUUCAUGAUCAUAUCGUACAUUUCAUGCUCACGAUAUGGGCUCUGGGAGCCUCCCCCGAAACCAUUCAGCUGCAGUAUGAACGGGAAGACAAGCGCCAGAGACCCGCAUAUCCUCGUGAUGAGAGUUUGAUUCAAUCUUUGUCCGACAAGAAAGUCUUCAUGAAAUACAUGUAUCACGAGGAGCAGUACUCGAACUAUCUUGCUUUCUUCCAGCGCGAGAUUACGCAGAAGGGCGUCCCGGCUAUCAUGAAGGAGUAUCUUUUCGGUGGCGAUGAGCUGGCCGAGUCGCUUCUCUCGCGAAUGUUUGCAGGUCUUGUUCACCCCAUCAUUCACCUUGGUUUCGGAAUUGAGUUCCAACAGCCUGCCAUCGUUGCGCAGGCUUUUGCGCAAGCCUCAGUACAUAAGGACUACCUCGCCGAAAGUUUCUACAACCCCGCUGCUGUCAACUCCUCCACCUCUUGCCAGGGCAAUAAGAGUUUAAUGGAAAUAAUGGGGGAAAUGCGUGCGGAUCGAAAGAUUCGCGACUCAUCCUCCCACGGUGACACAGAUGUUUUCACCGAAGGAAUUUUGCAGAGAGCUGGCGCAGAGGUUGUUCGAUAUUGCAGUCAGUGGACUGUACCUGAAGACCAAAUACACAAGAAACUGGUGGAAAUGAUAAACACAGCGAUCUAUUGGACUUCGACCGCUCAAAACCCUAACAAGGAAUUGAAACUCGACUUCUUCUUUAUCCAUGCGACCAAUCUCUCGAUCUUUUUCCAAACCUUCAUGGAUCUGCCAUACUUGAGUGCUUCUGAAAAGUCGCGUUUUCUGGAGAUGAAGGGCCGCAUGGAUCUACUGAUUUGGGCAUCCCGAAAGAUGCCUGAGCCACAACCUAACGACAUAAGCAAGUAUCCGAUUCGUCUUGGCUGGCCUGAAGUCUUUUCCAAAAGCUACCUUCAUCCUUCAGAUGAUGGCCAUCUGGCGAAAUUUGUUCGCACCGUCGCCUUCGCCCAAGAACUUUGCCGCUCCUAUGAAGAGACGUCGAAUAUUGUGCUUCCUGUCACCGGGGAUAUGUGGCUCAAGAUUGGCAACCUAGGUAAGACCAAUUCUAAGCAUUUCCGAAUUCGUUAG